GAUCAUUUGGUGUUCGGUCCUGGUCGGAUACGGUUGUGAAUACUCCUUUCUUAUUCGGCAGUAAAAAAACGGUUUAUUUGAAAAAAUGGAUUGUGACGAAUUUAGGCAACGCGGUGGAGAAAUGGUAGAGUACAUCUGCAAGUAUUUGGAGACAUUGAAUGAUAGGCGUGUGACUCCAUCUGUUGAGCCAGGGUACCUUCGUCAUCUUUUGCCAGAUGAAGCACCUCAAGAACCUGAACCUUGGGAGAAAAUCAUGUCCGAUGUAGAAGACAAAAUUAUGCCUGGUGUAACACAUUGGCAGCAUCCAAGAUUCCAUGCAUAUUUUCCAGCUGGCAAUUCAUUCCCCUCCAUUUUGGGUGAUAUGUUGGGCGAUGGCAUCGGUUGCAUUGGAUUCUCUUGGGCAGCUAGUCCAGCAUGUACAGAAUUAGAGACGAUAGUUCUAGAUUGGUUAGGCAAGGCAAUUGGAUUGCCUGAUCAUUUCUUGGCACUGAAGGAGGGCAGCAAAGGAGGUGGUGUUAUUCAGACUUCCGCAUCUGAGUGUGUAUUAGUGACAAUGCUUGCUGCUCGUGCUCAAGCUCUUAAACGACUCAAGGCACAGCAUCCCUUUGUUGAGGAAGGUCAUUUGUUGUCCAAAUUGAUGGCAUAUUGUUCGAAGGAGGCUCAUAGCUGUGUUGAAAAAGCUGCAAUGAUAUGCUUUGUGAAGCUGAGGAUUUUAGAACCUGAUGAGAAUUCAAGUUUGCGAGGGAAUAUUGUUGCACAGGCCAUGGAAGAAGAUGAACUUCAAGGCUUAGUACCAUUCUUUGUGUCAACAACUUUAGGUACUACUGGUUCAUGUUCAUUCGAUAACCUCGAUGAAAUUGGAAAAGAAAUUCAAAGAUUUCCAGCUGUAUGGCUGCAUGUUGAUGCUGCCUAUGCAGGUAAUUCGUUCAUUUGCCCCGAACUGAAGCCGCUCUUAAAGGGCAUCGAAUAUGCUGAUUCAUUCAACACAAACCCCAACAAAUGGAUGUUGACGAACUUCGAUUGCUCGCUGUUGUGGGUGCGUGAUCGCAUUCGUCUGACAUCAGCUCUGGUUGUGGAUCCCCUUUACUUACAACACGGCUAUUCGGAUGCUGCCAUCGAUUAUCGUCAUUGGGGAGUUCCACUAAGUCGUCGAUUUCGUUCACUCAAGCUUUGGUUUGUUUUGAGGAAUUAUGGAAUUUCCGGGCUUCAAAAGUACAUCCGACAUCAUAUUAAUUUGGCCAAAAGGUUUGAACAACAUGUACUCAAAGACGAUCGGUUCGAGAUUUGUAAUCAAGUCAAGCUUGGAUUAGUUUGUUUUCGAUUAGUUGGAUCUGAUAAACUAAAUGAGAAACUCUUAAGUAUUAUUAACGAAUCAGGAAAAUUGCACAUGGUACCGGCUUGCGUUAAUGAAAAAUACAUUAUUCGAUUUUGUGCAGUUGCUCAAAAUGCUACCGACGAAGAUAUCGAUUAUGCUUGGGAUGUUAUUGUUGACUUUGCAACUGAACUUCUGGAGAAAGAACAACACGAUGAAAUAUCUGAAAUUAUCAAUAAAAAGAAAAACAAAUCUUUGGCUCAAAAACGUUCAUUCUUCGUUCGCAUGGUCAGUGACCCGAAAAUCUAUAAUCCAGCUAUAAAUAAAACUGGAAGUCCUAAAUUGUCAUUGGAUAUGAUGUCACCAGUUGUUGAUGGAACACCUAUAAUUCAAAUACCAUCUGAUCAACGUCAUGGCACUUGGAUUAGUUGGCCAUUAGCUUUUCUAUUUAAUAACAAUUCAGAAGAUGGUUCAAAAAUUGGUUUGAGAUUUCGUCAUUUAGAUACUAAUGUCCGCCCAUCAACAUCACGCAGAAAUUCUGGAAGUGGUGGUGGAUCAUCACCUUCACCAGAAAAUGAAGUUGCUCUACAAACUUUGGUUAAGACAUCGCCUAAAAAAUCACCAAUUAUGAGCCGAAAGAAGGAAAUUUCACCAACACGAAAUAAUCAUAACUAAAUUAUAUCUUUCAACUAAAAGAAGUUAUCAAUUUCAAAUCAAAACUAAGAUUUUAGAAAAUUUGCCAAAAUGUAUUAAAAUAAUUUAUUUAAGAUACUUAAUUUUGAAUUAA